AUGACAGAAAAAUCGGCUGAACCCCUUCCACACGAACAUGAUCAUCAAAUUUUCCGCACCCGACAAAAACACACUCAUGCCCUCCUCCUAUCACAACCCAAAUUCAAAAAUUGAUUCACCUCUCAAAACGUCUCUCCUCUUCUUUCCCCCACGUCUUUCGCCUCAUCUUCCCAGAUUAGAUACAGGGUUCCCACUCCCAGUAGUUUAUACUAACCAUGGAAUUGAUAUUAUCGACCGAUCGUGUAUGCCCUUCACUAUCCAAUUUCAGUUUCUUCGCUUACAACACGCCUACAACGUCAUCGGCUUACAAUAGUCGCUACCGCGUACGCACCGGUGCUGUAACUCGAACAAAGACGAAGCGGUACUGGGGUUCCGUUAACGGCAGCAGGAGAAGAAGAAGUUUGACGACUACUGCGGCAGCAGCAGCAGCAACUAGAUUGGUAGAGUUGGGAAAGCCGCCGCCUAGUAGUGCUUUGGAACAGCUGGAUAUUGAACGCGGGGUUUGUGUUCCGUUCCGUAAGUACUCACCCGAGACGGUGAGGAAUAAGGUGUUGGAAUCUAGAGGGGCCAUUCUGUCUCUUAUCGGCCGUGGAAUUGAGAUAGUUUGGAAUUUGGGAUUCUAUUGGUCUACCUUGUCGUACGAUUUUUUGGUGGGUCGUGAUGAAGAAGUUGUUCCUUUUCGUGCUCGGCAGCUUAGAAAUCUCUUGUGUGAUUUAGGCCCUUCCUUCAUCAAAGCUGGGCAGGUUCUUGCAAACAGACCUGACAUUAUUAGAGAAGAUUAUAUGAAUGAACUUUGUAUUCUUCAAGACGAUGUUCCUCCUUUUCCCAACCAGGUUGCCUUCAGCAUUAUAGAAGAAGAACUGGGUCAACCCCUUGAAGCUGUUUUCAGCAAAAUUUCCUCGGAAACUAUAGCGGCUGCGAGUCUUGGUCAAGUUUACCGAGCUACUCUGCGUACCACAGGAGAGGAAGUUGCUAUUAAGGUUCAAAGGCCUCAAAUAGAGCCCAUAAUCUAUCGGGACCUUUUUCUUUUUCGCAACCUUGCUUCGUUCUUGAAUGGCAUCAGUCUACAGAAACUGGGGUGCAAUUCAGAGCUUAUAGUUGAUGAAUUUGGGGAGAAGCUCUUGGAGGAGCUAGACUAUACUUUGGAAGCGCAAAAUAUUGAAGAUUUUUUGGAGAACUUCCAAAAUGAUCCUACUGUUAAAAUUCCUCGGGUGUACAAGCAGCUUUCUGGUGCACGUGUCUUGGUGAUGGAAUGGAUUGAUGGUAUACGGUGUACUGACCCACAGGCUAUCAAGGAAGCAGGCAUUGAUGUAAAUGGAUUUUUGACUGUUGGAGUGAGUGCUGCUCUACGACAAUUGCUUGAAUUCGGUUUAUUUCAUGGAGAUCCACACCCUGGAAAUAUCUUUGCUAUGCGUGAUGGACGUAUUGCAUAUGUGGAUUUUGGGAAUGUUGCAGUCUUAAGUCAGCAAAACAAACAGAUUUUAAUUGAUGCUGUUGUCCAUGCUGUGAAUGAGGACUACGUUGAGAUGGCAAAUGAUUUCACAAGGCUUGGUUUCCUGGCUAGCGGGACUGAUGUCGCCCCCAUUGUACCUGCUCUGGAAGCAAUCUGGCAGAACUCUGCUGGCAAAGGACUCUCUGAUUUUAAUUUCAGAAGUGUUACUGGGAAAUUCAAUCAACUGGUAUACCAGUAUCCCAUCCGAAUUCCGGAGAGAUUUUCUCUUGUUAUACGGUCUUUAUUGACUCAGGAGGGCAUUUGUUUCACGCUUCAACCUGAUUUCAAAUUUCUUGAGGUUGCCUAUCCGUAUAUAGCGAAGCGGCUUCUGACCGACCCUAACCCUGCCCUACGAGAACGGCUCAUACAGGUAUUGUUCAAAGAUGAUCUUUUCCAGUGGAAACGGCUUGAAAAUCUUAUUGUUUUGGCAAAGGAAAAUGUGACAAAGAUGAGCAGCAAUCCUGCAUUGCAAGUGAAUAAGACGCAGGGGUCAAAAAACUGGCAGAUAGAUAGGAAAUUGGACUUGACAGACACCAUCAAGGACGGUGCUCGCCUUUUCCUAAUUGAUGAAGGAAUUCGAAGGCAGCUUCUUCUUGCUUUGACUGAAGACUCCAAGCUUCACAUUCAAGAGCUUGUUGAUGUAUAUAGGCUGGUUGAAGACCAAAUAGAUAUACCCUCAAUGGCUUUGGAGGUCGCACGAGACUUACCAUCUGUUGCCCGGGAUGUCAUGCUUUCCUGGACUGACUCCAUCUUACGUGAUAGGUAAUUGAAGUUUGAUUACAGUGUAUAGCCGGCUAUAUAUGAAUGUAUAUACAGCAAAUAUCAGCUCUGAAUAUUGUUGGACCACAAAAGUUUGUUAGCCUUUAUAAGGUUUACCUUCUCUCUGCAUGGUGAGAUCCUCCUGUUCUAUAUUGUAAAAUUCCCUGUUGCAAUGCUAAAUACAGGAAAAGUAAAGAUCCUUUUUGCUGUAUUAAAGGAAAAUUUUGUUGCAUAGAAGUAUAAAACUUAUUGAUUAUAUAGAAGAGAAAGUUAAAGGGUGUACGGCAUA